AUGGAGGGAGGAGAUCACUGGAUCACGCUAAAAUGCUCUGGUGGUGCACACGAUAAGACGAUAUUCAACCGGAUAAUGCUCAGAUUCCGUCCGAUUGCUCCAAAACCAGUGGCUGGAGUCUCAGCUUCCGGUGAGUUCAUGCUUAAUAGGAAAAACUUGGUUGUUACCAGCAAGAGAACAAAGAGAAAGUACGUUCGGUUUUUUAAGAAAAAUAAUAGGAAGAAACAAGUCUUGGAUGAAGCUAAAGAAGAUAACGAUGAAAAUAAGGGUUUAGUUACCCUACAGUUGAUGCCGGAGAAGGCAGAUCUAAGGGAAUCAAUCGUUGUUGAAAGAGCUUGGGAUGCUGACGAUGAUGAUAUUGAUCGAGAUUUAGGACUUAGUAAUUAUCGUUUUCAAGAUCCAUCAUCGCUGUGCUUGACAUUGAAGAAAAUGGUUUCGGCAGAUCACGAGGUGAUGAUGGGGUUGACCUUGUCGAAUCCAGGGCGGAUGAGGAAGAGGAUGAAGGUGCUUGAGUCGUCUUUGAUGGUGGAGUGUGUUACGGAAACACUUAUUGAGGAAGGAGAGAUGGGGAAAUGUACGGACUUGGAGAAAAUGAAGAUUCUCGAAAAGGACACGUGUCCCUGGCUCGUAUCGGAUGGGUUGAACCGGGUGUUAUGGGUGAACCAAGCGUAUAAAAACAUGGUAGGCUUAGAAGAGGGGGACCACGACGGGGAAGAACGGGCCGAAACCGCCGUGGGGUUGGUAGUGAAAGACGGGUUUCUCUUUUCUCACAGCGCAUUCUCGUGCCGCGUACGGUUGCAGUACAUUGAUGGUACGGGAAAAAAUUGCUCGAAAACGAUUCCCUGCGACGUUUGGAGGCUGAGCUCCGGUGGUUUUGCAUGGCGGCUGGAUGUUAACGCUGCUCUCAGUUUGGGAAUCUAA